AUUUUAAAAAAAUCGACUGUGGGUACGACACUUCGAAAUGCCCAUCCUUAUCGCACAGAAUUAAAAAAUUAAAUUCUCAAAUUCCGACAGGCGUCACUCGAUCGUUUUUUAACAUUUCAUACGAGUAGAAGUCAAAACAAUAUAAAAAUACGCUUAAAAGUUUUAAAUGCUAACCAGAAAAUGGGGACCCGAUCAUCUGCUAAAAUAAAACUGCGGAGUCUUGCCUUUAAAUGCGACAUUUGCGGUCGCAGAUUAAUGAGUGCAGAAGCCCUCAGAACACAUCAAUUGUGCAUACACAAUAUUACAAAUAAAGUUAAAACGAAAGUUGCACCUAAACAGGGCGUUACCAAACCGAAGACUCAGCCACAAACACAAAAAAUGAAGAAUAUAAAACUUGAAAAGCCAAAGUCUGCACCGACGAAGAAUGUUGCAGUCAACAGUAAACUAGUGAACAAAAUAGAAGAGAAAGUAAUUGCAAAACGUGGAAGUAAAUCUAUUGAAACUUGCAACGAAUACGAAUGCCCGAAAUGUUUUAAGAAUUUCCCUGAUUAUUUCCUAGCUCAUAGACACAUACAAAAGUAUCAUUGCUUUAACAGUAAUAAUGAAAAAGUGUCUCCCAAUUCACCAAAUUUAAUAAAGCCAAAUAUAAUGUUGGUUUGCGCCAAAUGUAAUCGACGACCGAAGUCAUUAGAGACACAUAAAUGUACAUCGUUUAAGUAUGACCAGAUUGAAAACGCAGCCUUGUAUAUAUGCAUGGGUUGUAAAGAACAAUUCCAAAGUUUGAGGUUAUUCGAUCUUCAUGUGUCGGGAUUACACUGUGACGGAGUUGAGAGUAUGUUCUUCCCAACAAAUGAAGUAUUCCUAUCAUGGAAAGAAGACGUAUUAAAACAGACAGGACUAAAUUAUUAUGUACUUGGUAAUUAUAAUUACAAAGAGAUACUCCGUUGUCCUUGUAUACCAGAUGAAAACGUUAAUGGUGAUAUUAUACCAUAUUUAUGUCCGUCUUGUAUAGUUGUGCAAGAAUUACCCAAAGGUACACAAGUGCACUUUUACAAGAAUCAUUACAGUCAUGCGUGUGGUACAUACACUUUACCAGAUAAAUAUAAAAAAUAUACAUUAUCCACACUUAUACAAAAUGAAGAAGCGUACACAGAAAUUGAUAUGAAAGCAAAUGGAACUGAAAUUUAUCAACAGUUUAAACAGUUAAUGGAUUGUAUUGUUCAAGAUGCGGCUAAUAUAAAAAUUGAUUCUUUAAAAAUCUUGUUAACGAAAGCAUUAGAUAUGACAACUGUUUUGAGUAAGGAAGUUGAUACGGAUAGUACAUUUAUGUCAAUGAAAUUAAUAUUAGAUAAUAAUAUUACUGGUUUAUUAAAUAAUGAUAAUCAACAAGUUGGGAAAAGAAAAAAUAUAUUGAAUGAAAAAAAAACUGAACCUAUAACGAAAAGAUUUAAAACAAGAACUUAUAAAGAUAGUAAAUCUGGAAGUUUAGAAGAUGCUUCAAUAAAAAUUGUCAAUUCAUUCUCUUUAGCUGAACAUGAAAUAGUUGAUGCAAUUAAUAAGGGUAAUGAAAAUAAUGAAGAAAAUACAAGUAAUAAAGUUACCGAGAAAAAUAUAAAAGAUUCACCAUCGAGUUCCGAUAAAGAGAAAGAUGAAGUUGUAAAUGUUAAAAAGAAACAAACUGAACAAUCGCCAUCAUCGUUUGCUGACUCAUAUAAAGUAUUUGUGAAACAAUUAUCAGAACCCAGUCCACCAUUACGAAAGAAAAAAUCUAAUACAAUAAUUAAACAAGUUAUAAAAUCUGAAAUUGAUAUACCUAAAGAAAUAAAUGUCAAAAUAAUACCAAUAGAUUAUGAAUAUGAAAUAAAAGAACAAGAAAAUGAUUGUAAUAUACUUAUUCUUAAAAUAUAAAAAUAAAAAGACGUAAAUUAAAAAAAAAACUUGUAAAUAACCAAACUUUAUGGUGGCUCGGAAUAACAUGAUAUUGCGCAGAACACAAUUUUACUAUGAAUUUCGACUGCACACAAAAUUUAUUGACAUUCCUCAAAAUCUAAAAAAAAAAAAUAUGAGAUUCACAGUUAUGGUGAAUUCACUUUCGUAAAAUUAUUGCGUACUUCCCUACAAUAUUGCUAUUCCUUUUGUUUUCUUUCAGAAAACAUCAUUUGAAAUUCUUAGUUGUGUUCCAGCUCGAUAUUAAAGAUCGCGGUCAAACCCGCCAUAGAGUUUGAAUCUUUUAAUACUUUUAUGUUGUGAAACAGUCAAUCAACAUUUACGGAAUUGUGGUU